UUGUUUGAUGUUCUGCUAGUUCUUUUGACUCUUUUGACUGCCGUCCUUUUGCGGAGUCCGCCAUGAAGGUGUAGUUCUUUCGUUGCCUUCGUCGUUGGAAAUAAUUCUGGAUUCUUUAGCUGGUGACCACUUUCUAAACAAACAUGCCGAAGAAUAAAGGAAAGGGAGGUAAAAAUCGAAGAAGAGGAAAGAACGAAAAUGAAACUGAAAAGAGAGAGCUGGUUUUCAAGGAGGAUGGUCAAGAAUACGCUCAAGUAACCAAGAUGUUGGGUAAUGGAAGGUUAGAAGCGAUGUGUUUCGACGGUGUCAAAAGAUUGUGUCACAUCCGAGGAAAGCUACGCAAAAAAGUCUGGAUUAAUCAAGGUGACAUCAUUCUUAUUGGCUUGCGUGACUAUCAAGAUGCAAAAGCAGACGUCAUUCUGAAAUAUACCGCUGAUGAGGCACGUAAUUUGAAAACGUAUGGAGAAUUUCCAGAAACUGUGCGUAUCAACGAUACGGUCACCUUUGUGGAAGAUGGCUUCGAUGAAGAUAUUGAAUUUGGUGAUGAGAUCAGUGACGACGACGAGGAUGACGUCGAUAAUAUCUGAUGACCCGUCGCAUGAACAAUGGUAGGGAUUGUGAACAGCAAGGAAGUAGGAAUAUCCAUUGAUUUUAGGAUCAGUGAGGCAACGAUCGAAUUACAGUCAGGAAGUCAUUUUUGCUUCUCACAGGGACUCUAUUAAUUGUAUCAUAAAUAAAUCACCAUUUUUUUUGGUACGUUCUGUUAACAUCUAAAACGGUACACUUAUGUUCAGUUAACGAAGUGGAGAUUCGAAUCCUAUCGAAGAAGCGGUCCAUUAAAUUUUCUUACCAAACAUUGAACUUUGCAUGACUCACCUCAGUGUUAGUCGAUAACGGUUGUACCGAUCUUUGGCUACAUGAUAUUAAACCUUUGUUUAGAUAAAUAUUUGCGUGUACAUGUAGUGUAACAUAAAUAGUUUCGAUGCAAGUGUUUUAUUCGACGAGAAAAACGAUCGGUUUGUUGUCAACAGACGAUUGUCCUAGCUAGCUAAUGAAAAAUAAUUUAGGUGGUAUCGAAUAAGGAACUUUUUUAGGCAUGAAGUCAUUCGCCGAAGCCAUCUAUUGAUAUCACUAGUGCUGCUCUGUUGUCGGGUAUACUAUAAUUGACUAAUGCCACACAUCGGUUACAUUUAAAUAUUUUAAUCCUUACCGCUUUUGGUUCCAUUAUAAUUGGCUAUUACUUUGGUGCAAUUGUUUUAGAAGUUCCGGUGUGUGUCCUAUUACACGUUCUAACCAGCGAGUUGUAUUCGCUUUUAUUUCGAUGCGUUAAAUUUCGGCACUCGUUUCAUUUGUAAUCGAUAACGUCGCUAAUUGGUUUCCGAUAAACACGAUUCGUUCACCAAAAAUGUUCAGUGAUGUCUUUUCUGGUAUUUCGUAGUACGUAUCGACCCCCCCUCCCCCCGUAGCGAUUAGGUUGGAAUUUGAGCUCUAUCGGGUGUAUUUAAAGUGAUCCAAUAAAAACAGCCAGAGAUUGCGAUCACGCGAUCCUGGCCCCUUCA